GAGUAAAAUGAAAAUAUUUUCCGGGAACUUAAGAAUUUAAGACUAGAGACCGGACUGGGAGUGUCGUACGAGAAUCGAGACAAAUCUUGAAAAAUCUCGAUCUCAAUGUCGAUAAUAGAGAUCUCGGUCCGGUAAUUUUCUUUAAGGUUUCUUUCUAUCCACACCUUUAAAAAUCCGAGCUUAAGACCGGAAACGAAAAACUUACUAAAUCCUGAGACUUAAGUUUUUCGGAAACUAAGUUUUGGAAAUUUAAGAACAAUAAAUUUAAGUUCUGAAAACCUACAUAAAUAACCUAAUAAUAAAAAUUUUAAAAUUAAAUAAAUUUUUAAUUUUCUGUUUUAAAUUUAUUUUCCUAAUUUUUGGAUUUUAUUUCUAUGGAUAUGUGUUUCUGAUAAAUUUUGUAUUUUUUGUAUUUUUUUACAUUUUUAUUUUUAAUGUUUCUUUCCGGAAAAACUUUUAUUCAUUUAAUUUUUAAUUUACAACUUUCAAAGGCAACUAUUCCCUCCAAACAUUUUUAUUUUCCUUAUUUUAUCAAAAAAUAUUUUUCUUUAAUUAAUUUUAACCGAAAAAAAAGUUUUGAGUAAACAAACAAAUUAUUUAUAACGAAAAAAGUUUGAUUAAUUACUCUCUAAAGCUAUGUAAUUUUAUUUAUUUUUUGUUUUAAUUUAAAUUAUUUAUUUUUUCUUUUGUUUGACUCAGUUCUCUUGACUUACUUCCCACGCUUCUUCAUUUUUUUAUUAUUUUUUUAUUUUUUUAUUUUCUUGUUAGACUUGGCUUAUUUUUCAUUGUUUUAAAUUUUAUAAAAAAUAGAGAAUAUUUAAUUCCCCUAUUUUUAUUUUUUUAAAUUAUUAAGAGACUUUCCUAGUCUCUUAAUAGCCUUCCUAGCCUAAGGAAAUUUUUCCUUAUCUGCCUCAAGUUAGGUAAUGGUAAAUUAAAGUAUCAAUUAAAUAAAUUAAAAAAAAAUAAAUUUCGACCAAAAUAGAUAUCUCUGCCGUAAAGUCAGGCUCCUUUAUGGCAGAGAUUAGGAGCCUCAAGAGUAGAGCCCCCUUUGUAUUUUUUUGAGGCUUCUUUUUAUCAUACAU